AUGAUACUUGUUUAUUGUGAGCCAGCAGAUGUUAUGAAGUUAUGGAAUGAUAUUCUUGAAGCAAUGUCAGAAGAUAUCAGAAGAACAGAUGGGACAGCUGAAUGUCAAUUAUUACAAACAAUAACAGAUAUAAAUUCUUUCUUACAAAGCAUGGGCAGAAGCAUAAAUGACUAUGAGUUGCCAAAAAUUGAAAAAAAUCCUAAACAUUCAAAGGAUUAUCAACUAAGAGAGAUUGCAGAUGAAUAUGUAAUAGAAUUGCCAUUGGAAGAAUAUAAUGCACCAAAUAAGCUGAAUUUGGACAAAAAACAUGCUUAUAAUAUAAUCUUAGAGUAUGUGGAAUUCAAAAAGAGUGGAAUUUUUUUUAUUGAUGGGCCAGGAGGUACAGAAAAGACAUAUUUAUAUCAUGCACUACUAGCAACACUACGAUCAAAGAAUGAAAUAGCACUUGCAACAGCAACUUCAGAAGUAGCAGCUGCAAUAAUGGCAGGAGGUAGAACAAUAUAUUCAAGAUUUAAAAUUUCAAUAAAUAUCAAUGAUUCAAGUAUCUGCAGUUUCUCAAAACAAUGUGUCACAGCUGAAUUGAUACGUAGAGCAAAACUUAUUAUAUGGAAUGAAGCUCCAAUGGCUAAACGAGAAGCAAUAGAAGCUAUUGAUAGAACAUUACAGGAUGUUAUAAGAAAUUCAGACUCAUUUGGAGGAAAAGUCAUAGUGUUCGGAGGCGACUUCAAACAAGUUCUCCCAGUUGUUCCUCGAGCUAAGAACUGA